UCUGAUCACAUGACCUAGAUUUUUGGUUAGGCAGUUGGAAAGAGAUGAAUUCAGGGUGGAACAGUUGUUAUUCUACUUUAUCAUAAAGUUUAUUAUCUGUUUAGAUAUUUUCUUUAUAGUUUACAUUGUGAACGAAUAAUUUACACUUGUUUGUUCAAUGUUAUGAAUUAUUUUGCGAAAUGAUAUGUGAAAGAACGCAAACUAAUUUUCACGUUCUGUUGCUCUCUUUUUGUAACUGACGGCGCUACAAGGAUAUUUUAUUUCAAGGAAAAUGGAAGGAAACGACUUUCAUAUGACGAACCAUUCCAGCAUACACUUCUAAAUGCCUCCUAGAAAAAGAAGACAGAGCGCUCAAGGCGAGGAAAUCUUGAAAGAAAACGUCGAAGGGGCUGUGUCACCAGUCGGGGUUGCACCAGAAAGUGGAAAGCAAGCAAAGAACUUGCAAAAAACAUCAGAUACAAACAAUCCACCAGAGAGACGACUGACUGCGAGGCAACAGUCUAAACAAGAUGCUUUGCAAGAAAGUCAGAUUGCAGGAAAAUCCAAGGAUUUGCCCACACCAUCGACAUCUGCAGUCGAGACAACAGCAAAACAGCCCACCAGAUUUAGUACACGUAUAGUGAAAAGGCCAAGAAGGGAUUUAAGUCCUCCAGAAUCUCCAGUUAAGAAAGGAAAGAAGGUUGCGGCGACGCCCCCUGUAACAACUACCCCAGAAACUAAAGGCAAGAGACAGUGGGAGCUAUGGAGUGUGGAGGACAAAGAUAGCUUUUUUGAGGGCCUUUGUGAGUUUGGAAAGGACUUUGAGAGUAUACACAAUUUGAUUGUAAACAAAUGUAAAAAGAAGGGAGGAGUGUUGCCUAUCACUGUGAAGAACAAGGAACAAGUGCGACAUUUCUACUACAGGACAUGGCAUAAGAUUUCCAAACUUAUACAACCUGUUGAAGAUUUGAAGAAAGACAUUCAGGAGUUAUAUGGGUUAAUUAGUUACAGUGUUCUCAGAAAGAAGCUAAGAGGAGGUGUUAAUCCAAAUGACAAAAACUGGCAGAAAUUAAAUGACUUGGUGCAUCAAGGAGUUGCUACUAUCAAAGUUAAAGGGAAAAGGAUACGAGUGAAGACUCCAGUGUGUAAUGCCUUGAAGAAAUUGAACAGCUAUGAAGAACCUAAAAGAGACCCUAGUUCAAAGGUGCCUGAAAAAAUCAGAGUGGAGUUCCGUCCAAAGACAAACUCGGCAUGGCAGCAUGUGCAGGAUGUAUCCCAUAAUCCUCGUGUGAGAGUGACUGUUCGUUCAGACCGACAUUUACAAUCUCUCGUGAAAUAUCUCGAACAAAAAUGGAAACCACCAAGAUUAAAAACUAGGGAGAAGUUGAAGGAGGGUGAUGGAGGGCAGGAGGAGUUCCGAGUUUACCCUCAUCGUGACAGUACUUUGAGGAACAUCAGUAUAGAGGCUAUAGAUGAACCAGUGCUCCAGUUCUGUCUAAAUAAACAUUGUAAAGACAGCACAUCUAGCCCAAGUACAAAUAAGAAAAAGAAAGAUAAGGAAUCAACAGUUCCUGUAAAAUCAUCAACAAGUGUUUAUGUAAAUACUGAAAACUCACCAGACUCAAGCAAAGCUGUGAUAACAGAACAUUUUUGUGCAUGUGAUGAUGCGUGUAACAAUUGUUCUAAAAGAAAUUUGAAGAGUUGUGGCCCUUUAAAUGAUCUCGUUAAAUCCGGUCUAUGUAAAGACGCUUCAAAGUUGUGUUCUUGUAUGUGCAAUAAAAACAAAAAGCUUUUGAAGGCUUCAAAAAAAUUCUAUGGGUAAAACUGGUUGU